CGGAACUGCAGCCACGUCGUCAAGGAGAGGCGGAACCGGUAGAAACAGGAAGCGUCUCAUGACACUUCACUGCUGAACAUCCAGAAAACAAAACAUGAUGGCCCACUUUCAGGAGGUAUCAAAGCAGUCCACUCUGCACCCGAAGCCUUCAGGCUUGGUUCUGCAGUAUGGUACCGCUGGUUUCAGGACUAACGCCAAACAGCUGGACCACAUCAUGUUCAGGAUGGGACUGCUGGCCACUCUGCGUUCCAAGAAGACCAAAGCCACUAUCGGAGUCAUGGUCACAGCGUCGCACAACCCUGAGGAGGACAAUGGGGUGAAGCUGGUUGACCCAAUGGGGGAGAUGGUGACGCCGACAUGGGAGGGCUACGCCACCCAGCUGGCCAAUGCUGAGCAGGAGGAUCUGCUCGCUGCACUGAAGGACAUCAUCGAGAAGGAGGCCAUAAACAUGAGCCAGGAGGCAAAUGUGUUUGUUGGCAAAGACACAAGGAGCAGCAGUGCCAGCCUCUCACAGGCAGUACUGGAUGGAGUCUCUGCACUCAGUGGCCACAGCAAAGACUACGGCUUGGUGACCACCCCACAGCUCCACUACAUGGUCUGCUGUAAGAACACAAGCGGUAAAUACGGAGAAGCCACAGUGGAGGGAUACUAUAAGAAACUCUGCCAAGCCUUCAUUCAGCUCACAAAGAAUGCAUCCAACUGUACAGAUGACCAGAAGCACCUCUCAGUGGACGGCGCCAAUGGUAUCGGGGCUCUAAAGGUGCGGGAGAUGGAGAGUCACCUGAAGGGGGAGCUGCACAUAUCGCUGUUCAACGACGGGAGCACUGGAAAGCUCAACCACCAGUGUGGAGCUGACUUUGUCAAAGUGCAGCAGAAACCUCCAACAGGCAUUAAGAUGAACCCAGGGGAGCGCUGCUGUUCCUUCGACGGCGACGCCGACCGAAUCGUUUACUACUACACUGACUCUGAAGGACACUUUCACCUGCUGGACGGAGAUAAAAUCGCCACUCUCAUCAGCACUUUCCUUAAAGAGCUGCUCACACAAGCUGGUCUAGACUUGAAGAUAGCAGUGGUGCAAACUGCUUAUGCUAAUGGAAGCUCAACAAAGUACUUGGAAGACACCAUGAAGGUGAUAGUGAGGUGCACCAAAACUGGAGUGAAGCACCUUCAUCAUGCAGCCCAGGAGUUCGACAUUGGCGUGUACUUCGAGGCCAACGGUCACGGAACUGUGUUGCUCAGUAAAGCAGCUGAGGAGAAGAUCCAGCAGCUGGCUGAGAACUCCAGCACCAACGAGGAGAAGAAGACAGCAGCUCUCCUGCUGCAGAACACCAUGAACGUCAUCAACCAGACUGUAGGUGAUGCCAUCUCUGACAUGCUGCUGAUCGAGGCCAUAAUGGCCAUUAAGGGUAUGACUGUCCAACAGUGGGACGCCAUCUACAGCGACCUGCCAAACAGGCAGCUUAAAGUCAAGGUGUCGGACCGCAGGGUGAUAGACACGACAGACGCAGAGAGGCGAGCAGUGAGCCCGGCAGGACUGCAAGAGGCCAUCGACAGUCUGGUGAAGAAGUACAAACAGGCCCGCUCCUUUGUGAGACCCUCCGGCACAGAGGACGUGGUGAGAGUUUACGCCGAGGCAGAGACACAGGAGAGCGCCGAUGCCCUUGCACAUGAAGUCAGCCUUGCAGUGUAUCGUCUCGCAGGGGGAGUGGGGGACGAGCCCAAACCAUUGCACUAGAAACACCCAGAAUCACACUUUGACUAAUCAGUCGGUGCUUUUAGAACACAAUCCCAGCAGACGACAUCAAUCUCUGAAGUAAUUUAUCACAAUUGCUUCUUCACGGUGAGAUGUCAAAUUCUAUUGUACGGUUAAUUGCACUUGGUACUUCACUGUUGUUUUCUACUUCUUUAUAUUUGUCUGUCAGUGUGAGGAUGUGAUACAGCAGGGGGGAGACAAUGAAGGGAGUUUAUGACACUUUAAGUCAUACUACUCAUGGCUUGUUAUUGCAUCUCAGUUGUCUUCGCACACACAUAAAGAAGGUUUUAAAGGAAUACGUCAUCCCGGAAAUGACUAUUUGUACAUCAAUUGCUUACCCCGUGUUAUGUUGAAUUUGUGAAGAAGACUUCGAUUUUCUUGCAUGUCUUAAUGGUGAACGAAGGAACCAAAACCAGAGAAAAUUCUUAAUAAACUGAAGUCAUUGGGGUCCACGUUUAACAACAGCUAAACUAUAUCAAAUCGUAUGUUUACAAACUCGUAUACUCAGUGCUUCACAAACAGAAAACCCUCUCUGACGGGGUACUCAACUAAAUGUGAAACUAAUCCACGCUCUCUUCAAAGCCAGACUCCAUUGACAAAAACAGCAGUUUUACCUCACUGAACACAGGAGCUGCUGGUCUACCUCUGCCUCCAUCUGUAGUAUGUUUGUGUUAUUGUGUGAGUUUGGUGAAUCCGAAAUAAUCCUUUAAAACACCAAAGUUUCACAAUAACAACAAGCAAGCUAACUGAUCAAGGCAGAGGUAGACUAGCAGUUUUUGUCAAUGGAGUCUGGUUUUGAAGAGAGGAUAGAUAAGUUUGACAUCAAGUUCAAUUCCCCGUCAGUUUGUAAACAGAUGUUUGAUAUAGUAUUGCUGUUGUUAAAUAUGGUCCUCUUUGACUUCAAUUCAUCAGGAAUUUUCUGAGUUUUGGAUUCUUCACUCACCGUGGAGGCAUGUUAGGAAAAACAAAGUUUUCUUUACAAAUUCAAUGUAACAUGGGGUGAGUAAUAGAUAUAUAAAAGAUCAUUUGGGUGGUGAAGUAUUCCUUUAAUGGUUUCAAUCAACUUCUCAUUUAUCGUCUACGAAAUGGAAUCUUUUUUUAACCAGUUAGUGUAAUUUCUUACUUUUUUGAAACAGCGAAAUCACAAGUUUACAUGAGGGGAGUUGUAGCAGUUGUUUUUCCCUUGAAUCUGUCGGAAAGCCUUUGCUACUUUGGUUUGAAUAAAUAAUCAAAAAGA